AUGGUGACGAUGAAUUCCACUCGUAAGAAGGAGUACUUGGCUCCUCCCGGAGUGUGGAAAAAUUCUGGUGGUUAUAUCUCGACCGUCUACAUUAACAAGCGUCGAAUUUACGGACCAUUGCGGCAGACUUUGACGGAAUCAGUCAGAGAUCGUGAGCAGAUGUUGCUAGCUAAAGAGAGAGGUGCUAGCGAGGACGAGAUCAGGGAGCUAGUUGUUAACAUCAAGAGGCUGUAUCCAAGUCCUGCUCCAGUGAGAAGACCCAGUUCGAAGCGGCCUCGUAGUGCUUCUACUAUUCCGGAGUCUGGCUUGGUGUGGAAUGGUAGUCAUAAGAGAAAGGCCUGCAAAUUCAACAGGAGGCUUACUGAACUUUGCUAUAGGAAGUCUAUCACCCCCUUGCCGAGUUUAUUACGUGCUUCAAGGAAAACAGUAGAGUACGAUUUUGAGCAUGGCGUCAUGUCCACGUCUAACCUCACCGAAUCUAACAGGGAGAGUGGCCUUAGUGACAGGGUCCAAUGUGGAGCCAAGGUCGUUGUUGCUGCAAAAACUGUGGAACCGACGCCUACUCUGCCUGGUACAAUAUAUACUGUUGCCCGGGAGAUCGAGGAAGCUGGAGGAGUCGUUUUGCCGCUUCAACUAGAUCUAAGGGAUGCUGAGUCCUGCGAGAAGUGUGUGGCUGCCGUCAUUGCCAAGUUCGGACGGAUAGAUAUCCUCAUUAACAACGCCAGUGCGAUGUGGUGGCAUUCUAUGGAACAGACUCCCAUAAGGAAGUUUGAUCUGAUUACAUCGAUCAACAGUAGAGGAAGCUUCAUAAUGACUAAGCUAUGUCUACCACAUAUGAAAAAGAACAACUAUGGUAGAGUCAUCAACAUGUCCCCUCCUAUCAGCACUCACUUUAUGAGUUACCGUGGUUUGACGGCAUAUAACAUAAGCAAGUUCGGUAUGACAAUGUCGGCUUUGGGUGCAGCCGCAGAGGGACAGGGACAUAAUGUCACAGGGAACUGUCUGUGGCCUGCAACGGUCGUGGAGUCGCAAGCCGCAACAAAUUUUGAAUUGGGAAAAAAAGACGAUUGGAGGAAAUCCACCAUUCUAGCUGAUUGCGUACUCUGCAUCGUCAAUGAUCCCGAACUUACAGGGGAAAUGCUAAUCGACGAUGAGUAUUUGACGAGCUCCAGAGUUGGCCUUACGCAGGGGGACCUUGCGAUCUAUCGGAAGAACCCUGCUGUUGAGCCUCGAAGACAUCUGGCCGAGGCAGCCCAGAAAGGCAAGAGUUUCGGCGAACGUGUUAGCAGAGGUGACAUCCGUCAAGUUGCAGUUGAUAAGAUGAGAUCUAUGAUAUAG